GAGAAAUGAACUCAGGGCACCCAACCUUCACUGUAUUGGUCUCGCGUUACAGGACAUGCCAAAGUUAACGGUUACACUUUUACGCUUUGUGCGUGUCUUUCAGUGUUCAGUUCAAUAGAAAGUAUGCGUUGUAAAUUCUCAGGUGACUGACAGUUAAACCUUAUUCAGUAAAAAGGCAGCAAAUUCGUUAACCGAAGGAAAAUUUUUCAAGGGAGAUAGCUGCGUUUCUGAUGCGAGUGAUGUCCCCUGCCUACAUCCGCUUCCGACCGCUUCCCAGUAACAAGCAUAAACAUGGUAUCGGAACCGAGUAUUGUUUGUGAAGGUUCCUUGGCACUUAGUUUUUCUUGAAGUGUUUUAUUCACGUAUGGAAAAUGGAUGAGGUUGAUGGAGACUUUCGUACCAGAAAACAAAAGCCAAUGAACUCCUUUCAAAGGGAAUUGGAUGCAAAAAUGAAGGAAAGGCGGGCCAAAGGGUUAACUGCAGAUAUCACAAGUGAAGAGAGUGAAGAAGACUCCAUUUUAUCCAAUAAUGAUUUGCUCAUGCAAUAUUCAACAUCUCGGCAAAAUAGACCAAGGUCUGCAAAACACCGCUCUGGCCAUGCCUCCUCCAUGCAAGGAAACUUUGAUAUGACACUUGAUGAAGAAUAUUUUCGUGCCGUAAAUGACAUGAGGGGGCACCAGUUAAGUGAUAAUGAUGACAUUGAUGAUAAUGAAAUAAUGCAUAAACAAAACAAAAAAUCUGGAGUGCAGCAAAAAGAAAACAGAUUUGUAAAAAAACCACAGUCCAGAGAGAUCCUUAAAGCUUCAGAAACUUCAAUAGAAGAUAGCUUGUUUGGAUGGAAGUCAUCAAUACCAAGAGAGAGAAGUCCCACAAGUGGCUUUACAGGUCCUUCUAAACCAUGGCAGCCACCUAGUUUUCAAAAUGUUUCUCCAUCGGACAAUCACAGAAAGGAAUUAUUACCAGAAAAGGGCAUGUAUGCCACAGAAAGUGGACUUGAUUCCACCUUGAAAUCACAGACACCUAGGACACCACGAUUUGAGCGUAACAGGAAGGAAAGUAAAUCACCAAGGGACUUAUCUUUAGAAGACUCAGAGAAGCCUACACCAACAACUCGUAGAAAAAAUGAUUCAAGAGAUUCUCAAAAUUCCCGUACAACACCUGCUCUUGAUAUAUUUGGGAAGUCUCGCAGUGAACAAAGUGCUGAGAUAGAGAAAGAGCUGGAAGACAUUGAAGAGAAAAAGAAAGAGGCAGACAAACGGCAAUGGAGAGCAGAUGACAGGAAGACCCCAACACAGCAGAAAUCUCCUGAUUUUCGUAGAUUGACUCCACGGCAAAAAACGCCUACAGACCUUAAGGGGAAGCAGACCCCCACCAAUCGCAAAUCUCCCACUGAUGCAAAUGUAGGAGAGUUGCAAUCAAAAAAAGAGCCUUCACUUUUGGACUUCAUGAUUGGGGAUACAGCAUCAAAACCUACAAAAGAUACCCCUAAGCCAAAAGAAAGGCCGAAAAGAAUUCUAAAAGAUGGCAGAAUCCCUAGUGAAUCUCAAGAUUCGAGGCAGAUUGGUGAUGGUGUUGAGAUGCCACGGCAAGUAGAAGAUACAAGUUCUUUGUGUGAAGAGGUUAAAGAUGAUCCAGCUGCCAUGACAAAGAAGUCUGUGGAUGAAAGUGGAGAAGGCAAAAUGGUCACUGAAACAAAGACUGCAGAUGAUAUCAUCAGCCUUAUAGCCAAGGCACAAAAAGGCAUGCAGUUUAUUGAACCAGCAAAGAGAAUCAGGCCUGUCUCAGCUCAUGCAAAAGUUGAACACCGGCCAAAACCUCGUUAUGGUGUGCUUCCUGGAGAGACAGUAUCAUUAGCCACUGAAAGACAGUUCAAUAGCACCACAGAUAUUCGCAAUGCUGUGUAUGAGGAAUGGUACCGACAACAUAUGAAGGAAGCCAAAAGGAUGCAAAAAGAAAAAGAGAAGAAAGAAAAGGAGGAAAACGAAAAAAAGAAAAAGGAGAAAGAGGACAAAGAGAUGGAAGCGAAACUGUCCUAUAAGGCUUGGCAGGAGAAGAAGAAAGAGCUCAUUGCAGAACAGGAAGCAAAGAAACAAGAGGAAGCAGAAAAGAAGAGAGAGAUGGAGGAAAAGGAAAAAGAAGAGCAGAGGAAGAAUUCAGAAGUUACUUUCAGCAAGUGGAAAGAAAAGAAAGAUGAAUUCCUCAAGUUCCAGCACAGACAGAAUCAAUUAAAGCAGAGAAAAGAGAAGCAAGCAGAGGAAGCAAAGAAGAAGGAUAAAGAGAAAGAUGGGACGAGUGCAUUCAAGAAAUGGAAAGCAUCGAAGGACACGGAACUGAAGAGCAAGUUGAAGGCGAGUAAGAAGGCAGAAGAACAGGAGAAGAUCAACCUGGACGCCACACGGCGCAUGAAGGAAGAUGAAGCAAGCGUCAAGUACGAGGAAUGGUUGAAAACAAAAGAGAAACAUGAACUUCGAAAGAAGAUCGAACUCCGCAGUCGACGAAUGUCUGGGGACGUCGAUGAGCGCCCUCCAUGGAGUCCCGCGAACUACACAGUUCCUUUCGGACGAUGACCUCAUGGAGAAGGGAUUCCAAUGUUAGUGGAUGUUGUUUUGUGACCUCUCAAACAUAUCUUUCGCUGUCCAGAUCGCUUGUUUGUUUGCUUGCUUGCUGAUGAGGCUGGCGCGGUUGUAGUCAUACAUACAGAUAAUGAGAGACAGGCGUAGAGGCGUGAGAUACGUCUGGCCACUUUGUCCCUGCACUUGUUUGGUGGCCCCAUGGGAAAGCCUCAGUGCAAGUCGGGGAAAAACAUUCGUUUGUGGGAGCGAAGCAAAAAUAUAGAUGACAGUAAGUAAAUAGCAGGUCAGUGAGUGACACAAAAUUUAUUGCAGAAGGGUUUCGUUAACAGUUAAAAGACAACACGAGCGAUGGUCACGUUUGUUUUGUUCUUUAGGUUGUGUGCAUUUCAGAUAUGACCGAUGUCGUGGAAACUGCAGAAGCUGAACUAACGCCUGGUUAUGAGACCCUCGUGUAGGCCGAACAACGUGAAUACAAGCGGUGCAGAAACGGGGUGCCGACCUGAACAGAAAAGAUGGUGAGGAACACUCGCAAAAUGCUGUGUGCAUCGUGUCGCACAGUGGUAGUGGAUAUCAAUCCUCUAGUAGUGCUUCAACGCACUAUGUUUUGUGGCGGCACAAGCGUUGGGAAAGAUGGGGGUCAGCAGUGGUAGGACCUCGAGCGGUGUUUAAAUCAGGCGGGUCUACGGUAUCGCCAUUGCCAUCGCCGCUAGUUAUCAGACGGGUGGCACUGGAGACAAUGAUCCUUUAUCAUUGUUUCUGCUUGCCGCUGCGAGCCUGACAUUUCGGUCAGAGGAAGAGAGAGAGAGGAGGAGGAGGGGGUGGGGGCUGAAUAUGGACCGAGCUUGUGGAGCACCAGUGGUCCCAAACUCUACAUAGUGUAUCUCGGACAGGAACUGCCUGUCUGAAUUAUUACUAAUUGCUAGGACGGACGACCCUGCUUCGGUUCUUAGGAACGGGACACACCAAACAAGAUGGAUGUAGACAGAGAGGACAAGAUGGAUGAAGACAGACUCAGUCAAAUGCAUUUUUUAAAGUCGGUGAAAUUGCGGAAAAGAUCUCUCUGGUGUUACAGAUUUUCUAUUAAGAUGCAACCGUUAAGGAUGUGUUCUUCAUUGCUCUGUCCUACACUGAUGUCAGCUUGGUCUUCAGCGAGGAGCACUUGGGUGACUGAUGGGCACAUGGUUGUGAUGUAGUGUCUUGAAGCAGGGUCGUCUCCUCUUCUCGCACAUACUGGACAUUAUGUCUUUGUGAUGUAGCAUCAUGUAGGCCGACUAGAUUUGGAUACUUUCAUGGCAGUUCCCCCUACUUCAUCUAUACACACUAUACAAAAUGAAAUUGUAAAUAAAUGUUCUUUAGAGACCGAGCUCUAUGUUUGAAAAGUUGAAAGUACCGGAAUCUAGAUUUAUCUUGUGUUCUUUGUUCUUUGUGUUUGGCCAGUGGACAGUUCAAAACUUUUCUUUUUGGGUGGGGGAGGGGAGGAGGCAUCAUGGUCGAGCUUGCUUGUGCCAAGUCUUUCCAGUGUUGUUUGCUCUAUGGAUACUUAGUCAAGUGGCCGGUCGCAGAUGCCGCUUCACCUGUUCCUCGAUGUGAGGAUAUUUGCCGAUGUGAAGGCUUGAUAAGCUUUUCCUCCAACGCCAGAUUGCAGUUAUGCCGCUCCUUCAGCUCGACGAUCGUGAAUUCUCGGAUGAAUACUGUCUUUUAAGGAAUUGUGGAAGUAGUAUUCACCAUGUCGGAGAAAUCAACAAAAGAACGGUCAUGUAAAACUUUGGCCACAUUCAUCUACAGGACGACGCCUGACUCCGUGUCACUCUGUCGUCUUAGUGGACUCACACCCCGCUCACCUCUUCGCCGGCUUCCCAUCAUCCGGGGCUGUGUGCUGCACGCCUGUCCAAGAUCAGUCAGCAGAAUGUCAUACUGAGGUCGUCAAGAUCAACGCAGGGUGCGCGCGGGUGUGUGUGUGGAGCUUCUGUCGACGCAGCGAUCACAACUGCUUUCAAGCAAGGUGUGUUUGGCACUGGCAGCCCCACCCCACCAUGUCACGAGCAUGAUAAAGGUCUAGCAAUCAUCAUAAUCUUCCCCAUCCUCCUACUCCUCAUCAUCAGUGAACAGUAACAAACCAGCUUAGUGCCUUAGGCGGGUGUGUGUUGGGUUGUAUUUUUUUAGUUGCGGAAGGUAUACAUGUACAGUGCGUCAGCAAACUCGCGGAUGGUAGGUACACAGUGUAAUCGUCAUUAGACAUUUUGCUGUCGUCGUAGUGGCUCCCGCAAAAGUAGCGGGAGGAGGGGAGGGUUGGUCUGCUGGCUAGCGACAGAGAAGAAGACAGCGGGUUGAAGGACUCCAAUGACGUCAGCAGAGUCGGGAAUUGCUGACCCCUCACCCCGCAUCCUCCUUCACCAGCUGGCCCACACACCGUACCCUUUCCCACGCCUGACAAAAAUGCUCUCAUCAGACAAAACAUUUUGUUGUUGAAAUGAUGUUCUCAUGGGCAAGUAAUUCCCGCAACUUGUUAGCUGGGACGAACUGUUUGUGAAUGGCUAUCGUGGGGACAGUGCGUUGAUUGACGCCAGGGCGUGUCACGCGCGGCACACUACAGUUUUUAAGUUCAGUUGUGUAAACAAAGGAGGUAUGGCAUGCUGAGAGCGCAUUACUGCUAUUCAAAAAUUGAAUUGUUGCCACGACGAGUGUGAAGCGUUGUAACAACUUGUAGCUGAGCCCAUUAAAGUGGAAUGAAAUAUCCGAGGUUUUUGAGGAGUUUUGCCAGUAUUUUGUGAUGUAUUUUUACCCCUAGAAUAUUGGCAAUAUAUAUUUUUGACUUUUCAGCUUGCGUUUCGGAAGUAAGCAAACAAACAGGCAAACAUUAUCCUGACAUUUUUCUCUGCGCAGCUCUUGUGCUCAUGUACUGAUGUAUUCUCGGUUACAUCCGAAAGUUGGUUCAUUUGUAUUUCUUGGCAGUCUCAUGUCGAGUAUGUAUAAUGUUAAACUGUUUUAUUAACAACACAUUUUGUCUUAGAAGAAGAUCCAGUAAGGAAGUAACACGUUGUGCCACGUUAAAAUUUUGAAGUUUUAUAUGGAUUUUAAUGUAUGUAUUAUAUCGCGUACGUAAUAUUGUUGUAUGGAUGGCGUAGCGCACAGAAUUGAACAAUCGCAAACCAAGUGUCAGUUUAUUGUCAGUUUUCUUGUGCCACUUUUAAAUUUUGAUGUUAAAAUAUUUUUAAAUUUGAAUUAUACCAAAUAUUGAUGAAUGACAAAGUGUCAGUUUAUUGUCAGUUUUCUUUUCUUAUAGAAAUCAUUUUUUCGGAGACUUUUGUUGUUUUACCGUCCAACCUUUUUUUCAAAUUCAGAGGUGAUGAUGAACGUUUUCAGAAAGAUUUUCUUUAUUUCUUUCUAUUUAUUUCUCUACCAUAAUUAUACUAUAAUUUUAAUUUUGUCGCCUUCCCGUCCAGCCGCGUUUUUACUUCACUGCUCAUGUGAUAUUUUUAUCUUUGACAGACAUAUGUAGAUAUUAUAAACGUGUCUUUCCAUUGUU